AUGUCUGCGUCCUCCUUCGGAAAUAUUAAAAUUUUAAGCAGUGGAAUACCAGCAAAGCGAGAGCAGCGUGGCGCAGUGGAAGCGUGCUGGGCCCAUAACCCAGAGGUCGGUGGAUCGAAACCACUCGCUGCUAAUCGUUUUUCUGCUCCACCAUGUCCAGUGGAAUACCAGCAAAGCGAGAGCAGCGUGGCGCAGUGGAAGCGUGCUGGGCCCAUAACCCAGAGCAGUGGAAUACCAGCAAAGCGAGAGCAGCGUGGCGCAGUGGAAGCGUGCUGGGCCCAUAACCCAGAGGUCGGUGGAUCGAAACCACUCGCUGCUAAUCGUUUUUCUGCUCCACCAUGUCGUUGGAUAACCCCUUUAAUUCAUCUUGGCAUGUCUGCGUCCUCCUUCGGAAAUAUUAAAAUUUUAAGCAGUGGAAUACCAGCAAAGCGAGAGCAGCGUGGCGCAGUGGAAGCGUGCUGGGCCCAUAACCCAGAGGUCGGUGGAUCGAAACCACUCGCUGCUAAUCGUUUUUCUGCUCCACCUUGUCGUUGGAUAACCCCCUUAAUUCAUCUCGGCAUGUCUGUGUCCUCCUUCGGAAGUAUUAAAAUUUUAAGCAGUGGAAUACCAGCAAAGCGAGAGCAGCGUGGCGCAGUGGAAGCGUGCUGGGCCCAUAACCCAGAGGUCGGUGGAUCGAAACCACUCGCUGCUAAUCGUUUUUCUGCUCCACCAUGUCCAGUGGAAUACCAGCAAAGCGAGAGCAAGCGUGGCGAGUGGAAGCGUGCUGGGCCCAUAACCCAGAGCAGUGGAAUACCAGCAAAGCGAGAGCAGCGUGGCGCAGUGGAAGCGUGCUGGGCCCAUAACCCAGAGGUCGGUGGAUCGAAACCACUCGCUGCUAAUCGUUUUUCUGCUCCACCAUGUCCAGUGGAAUACCAGCAAAGCGAGAGCAGCGUGGCGCAGUGGAAGCGUGCUGGGCCCAUAACCCAGAGCAGUGGAAUACCAGCAAAGCGAGAGCAGCGUGGCGCAGUGGAAGCGUGCUGGGCCCAUAACCCAGAGGUCGGUGGAUCGAAACCACUCGCUGCUAAUCGUUUUUCUCCACCAUGUCGUUGGAUACUCCCUCCUUAA